AUGGCAGCAAGGAAUGAGAUGAAGUUGGAAAAGCUAAUUGAUGAAGCUACAAGGAAAAAAGAUUUCCAAUUAUUAGAACAUUUUCUGCAAACAAAGGACUGUGAAAAUCUCUCUCAUAAAUGCAGCAAACAAUUUGUCAACAAAUUAGACAAGCUUCUGUGUCGGGAACUUGACAAACAAGAAGUCAAAAAUAUUUCAACUUUACUAAGUUCUUUUCAGAAAUGUGGGAAAAAAAUCAGCAUAGCAGGCGAAGAUGGGCUCCCAGCAAUGAUGAAAUACGGUCUUGUUGAAAGGAUGGUGAAUUGGUUUGAAAAGGUAAAAACAGUUCUGAUUCUUAGAGGAAAUGAGAAAAAUGAAGUGCUUACAAGUUUAGCUGAAGAUUUCUUCGACGUGUUACUGAUUAUAUGUGAUACCAGUCCUGAAGGUAAAAUGCAAAUACUAGAAAAGUUUGUACUGAGAGCAUGUACCCUCAUUGCUGAUGUAAGAAUUAAUAUUUACGUUCAGCAGGAGGUAGUAAGAAAACUUAAUUUAAUGCUUGACAACAUGCCUCGAGAUGCGAGGAAAAAGAUAUUUUCUGCAAAGGAAAUAUUGCUUGUCAUGAGUGAUAUGGGGAGAAGAAUUUUAGAUGCUGGAGACUAUGACCUGCAAGUAGCCAUUACAGAAGCGUUGUGCAGAAUGACAUCAGAAAAACAAAGAGGAGAACUGGCAUGCCAGUGGUUUUCCAUGGAGUUUGUGUCCAAUGCAUUUAAAGGAAUUAAAGAUUCUGAGUUUGAAACAGACUGCAGAAAAUUUCUUAACCAGGUGAAUGGCAUGCUUGGAGACAACAGAAGGGUUUUUACGUAUCCGUGUUUAUCAGCAAGUCUUGAUAAAUAUGAGCUACGGAUACCAUUGGAUGAAAAUCUUGAAGAAUUUUGGAUUGAUUUUAACGUUGGUAGUAGAAGUAUAUCUUUCUAUGUGGCAGCAGAUAAUGCUGAUCAUCAAUGGGAAACAGUCAUUAUACCAGAAGAAGAGGUAGAAGAGUACAGCCUUGAAGAGAAAGAUUCAAAGAAAUUAUUAACGAUAAGUCUAAAAAACCCAGUGAGUGUGGGUGAUCAAGGAGGAGAUGUUUUUUUUAUAUAUUUUGAUUCUAUCUUGGAAAUUAAAGAUGUGACCAGAAAGAUUUAUGGAGUACACAAAUGUAAGGGAUUUAAUAAGAAGCAGUCUACGUCAGUUGCCAAAACAACUGUACAUGUUGUUUUUGAUGAAAGUGGUUCACAGGUUCUGGUACCAGAAAGUCAGUUGUCAUCAUGUUUAGAAGAAAAAGCUGAAGUGGAAGAGAAAUUCAGUGAGUCUAAAAACCAGCAACUUCCUGGAACCCUAAGGUCUCUGAAUAAAAAAGCCACCAAAGACAUUUGCAAAGAUGCUUCCUCCAAGAUAAUCACAUCUUGUAAAAGGAAAGUGUCUGAAGCAUCAGUGAUUAUUUCUGGAACUACAAGAUUUCCUACAAGGAAUCCACUGGUAUCUUGUACUACAUCCACUCCCUGUAAAGGACGAUUUAAAUUACCAUUGCCAAUGAUAAGUUCUGCUGAAAGGGCUAACAUUAGUGUAAUAAAUGAGACCAGAAAGAAGAAUUUACAUCAAGAAGCUACUGGACAAAUCUGUGCUGAAGAAGUUUUAGAAAUGCUACAUGAGACAGAACAUGAGGCCAGUCAAAAAGGAACUUUAGAUGAAGAACUAGAUAUUGUUCCUGAUUCUCAACCAGUAAUGAGAUGCAACAAAUCUUUAUUACCUGGUCUUUUGGAAGGAUCUUUUGAUGAAAUAAAAACAUGGAAAAAACGAACAUGCUCUGUUCCUGAGACUAAUAUAACAACCUGUGACAAGCAAAAGCUAAAUCUGUCAUCAGGGCAUACAUCCCAUCCAGCUAGAGUGUCUGAAACAUCUUUGAAUUCUGAUUUUACAAAAUACAAGGAUACGAAAGAGGAAGAUACUUUCUUUAGAAAAGAGACUGCAAAUCAUAAACAGUCAAAGAUGAAAUCAAAGUCUAAAGAAGUGAAAGAAGCAACAAAAUUACUAAUUAGUAACAUCAGUGACAGAUAUAAACAAAAGGUUGAUGAUAAAAGCAAAUCAAGAGACUCGUCAGGUUACAAUAGAUCACAUUUACAUAAGUCCCAUUUCAGUGUCUAUAAGGGAAAAGUUCAGAACAGAAACCUGAAAACUACUACUUUUCUUAAUAUAACUGCAGGUCAUGUUGUGGAUGAUGUCUACAACUUUAACUUCAGUGGGUUUGAUGAGCCUACAAUAAAGCUUGGAGUCCAAGAAUUGCAUGUUACUGAACUGAGUGUUAAUACAAAUCCAACCAAAAAGGGGAAUCCAGAUGAAAAUAAAACCAGUGCUGAAAAGAAAAGAGAAAAAGAAACUAAAAACAAUCGAAACAAGAAGCAUCUCUUCAGUGACACAGAUACGGACCACAGAGCUGAUGAAAGUGUGACAGACAUUAGUUGGCUACAAGAAUCAAAUAGAAAAUCUAAACCACAGUUAAUUGAUUACAGUAGAAGUAAAAACUUAGGGAAAUCAAUAAGCACAGAAAAAACAGGUAAAUUCUCUGAACCUGCAUGCCAGAUGGAUUCAUCUAAAGGAGAAAAUAUAAAAAAGAAAAAGAUAGCUAAAUGUAAAAAACAAAGUUCCAGAACUGAUGAAAUGAUAGAACAUACCACCAGACCUAAACGACCUCGAAGAGCUGCAUUAGCGAAAAAUUACAAGGAACCUUCUAGUUCAGAGUCAGAGAGUGAAAGGAAGUCUUCAGCAUGUCCCUCUAAGAAAGAGAAAUCAAAAGCAUGGGAACAUAUAAAUGGGCAAAACAAAAAUGAUAGCCAGCGGAAGGAACUACAGAAUGUUAUAUCAGUGGAGCCAAAAAAGAGAGUAACAGACUAUACACAUAAAACAUUUACCAAAUCAAAGGAUUCUGCAAAUCAAAAAGAAGUUGAAAUGCCUUCAGAUGAAAGUCCUGUAUCUCUUGAGGCAAUGAGAUGUGCUGAAAGAAUAUCAGAGGGAGAUUUUACUCAAGAGCAUAUUUCUAGUGAAAGAUCGCCUGGGCUUCAGGAGUUAACACCAGAAAAACUGGAAACUUUAAACUUUGGGAAAGGAAUCUCUCCCAGCAAUCUCUGUCCACAAAAAAAGAAUAUUGAAGCUAUUCAUCUAAAUCGGUCCCCUGGGGCUAUUGUUAAAAAGUUAACAUUAGAAAAUAAAAGUUUCUCAUCUGUUUUAACUGCAGCAUCUUUGUUCAGCUUAACUCCAAUAACCACAUAUAAAACUCUUAGUGAAAAACAUGCAGAGGGAUCUGUAACUGGAACAUGCGAUGCUAAUGAAGAUUCGAGUCUUAGGAACUGCUCUUCAGAGAAACUUUCUGCUGAAGGAAAGCAACAAGAUAUCACUAAACCUGUCAUCAAAAGUAAAGAAGAUUAUUUGCCACCAUCACCAUUAUCCGUUUCCAGUGGAAGUAAAGUACAGUCCUGGUGUGAAGAACCUUGUGGCCCCAUACAUGAGUCUGGACCAACUAUACAUACAUAUCACAAACGACGGUACUACAGUGAUAUAGAAAGCAAUUCUGAUGAAGUAGAAACAAACAAAGAAGAGAAAAAGAAAGGAGACAGAACAACAAAGCUGCUGCCCAGAAAAUUAUUUAAAACAGAUGAUGAUACUACUUACAGAGUGUCUGAAAGCAUGUCCACUCUAUCUGUAAAUGAUCUGUCUGUUUUGGAUGGAGAAAUUUGGGAACCUGGUUGCUCAACUAUCAGUAUAUGUCAGAAGCUCCAAGCAGAAUUUACUAGGAAAAUCCAGAGCCGUUCGAGGAGAAUGGAUCAUUUUACUAAGCAAUCACUAAGAGCUGCCCACCACCAUUUGGCAACAAUGAGUUAUCAGCUUCAUGAAUGCAGGAUCAGGCAGCUGGACAAAUUUCAUUUUGCUAUCAUUGAGGAGCUUGAGAAUUUUGAGAAAGAUUCUCAGUCUUUGAAAAAUAUGGAAAAAGAAUUCUUGAAUUUUACGAAAAAACAUGCACAUACUUUUAGUACAUACAUGAAAAAUGAGCAACAGAGAAUUCAGAUUCUUAAAACUUCAUUUGAAGAAAACAUCCACCGCACCAUUGAUUACGAAGAACAUAUUUUUACUUCUGAGAUGCAUCUGAUGAAAGAAGAUAUGAAAGGACUUCAAGAGAAACUUCUUAAAGAAAUGCAAGAAGAGGAACUUUUUAAUGUUCGCAGAGGAUUGCAGACACUAUUUCUAUCAGAAGACAGAAAAUUCUAA